GGGCCCUGCUGAUGGCUGUCUACCUGAACGAUCUCUCAGAGAAUGAGACCGUGACCUUGACGCGUGAGAUGAAGAACUCGGGAAGUACCUUAAACUGGCCAGCGGACUGGUCGGGCAAGCUGGUAGAUAAACACAGCACAGGAGGCGUGGGGGAUAAAGUCAGUUUGAUUCUGGCUCCGGUAUUAGCAGCAGUUGACCUAAAAGUUCCAAUGAUCUCCGGCAGAGGGCUGGCUCAUACAGGGGGCACGCUGGACAAGCUGGAGUCUAUUCCUGGCUUUAGUGUGUCCCUGACUCAUCAGCAAAUGAUUGGGCUGCUUGAAGAUGUUGGCUGUUUUAUCGCUGGCCAGACUGGGGACAUAUGUCCGGCCGACAAGAAAAUGUAUAGUAUCAGGGAUGUAACCUCAACAGUUCCACAUAUAGGACUGAUAACAGCAUCCAUAGUUUCGAAAAAAUCAGCAGAGAAUAUCAAUGUUCUGGUGCUGGAUGUAAAGACCGGAAGUGGAGCAUUCUUGAAAGAGGAAAGUCAAGCUCUGGAGUUAGCCAGGAGCAUGGUGACCUGCAGCCAGAGACUGGGGACCAAGGCCGUGGCUCUGAUCACAGACAUGGACUCCCCUCUAGGAAACAUGGUUGGCAACGCCCUAGAGGUUGCGGAGGCUGUUCAGUGCUUACAAGGCAACGGGCCUGCUGAUCUACUGGACGCCGUUCUAGAUUUAGGUGCUCAUCUGCUUCACUCGGGCAAUUUUGUGUCCAGCAUCAAGGAAGGUGGUAAUCUACUGAGAAGUAAGAUUGCUGAUGGUUCGGCUCUGGCCAAGUUCUGUGCUAUGUUGAAAGGUCAAGGUGUGUCAGCUGAUGUCGCCGAUGACUUAUGUAAUCCACGAACAGACGUGUGGAAAAUCUUGACCCAGGCCAAAAACAAAACAGAAUUCCAAUCCAAGGAAGAUGGUUACGUUAAACGCCUCGACGCUUUGGACAUCGCUGUGGUCACUCACAAGCUAGGAGGAGGUCGCAAUCUGCCCGGGGAACUGGUCAACUGGGCAGUGGGUGUCCAGCUACUUGUGGAUAUCGGUGACCAUGUUCAGAAAGGACAAGCGUGGGCAACAGUUCACCAUGACGGCCCCAUCUGCCAGGAUGUGAGAGACAGACUUGAGGCGGCACUGCAGCUGUCAGUUGUUCCUGUCAGACAGAUUGAAUCCAGGACUUUACGUGUGGUCAGAUAA